GGAUGAGCGACGGUUGCGCAUGCUUAAGAUUUGUCUCACGAUCUGCCUGAACACUGCUCUCAACUUCCAUGAUCUGGUAUUUUUGUAAUAUACCGUACUUGAGUAUAUUAUGCCGAGGAAUACAGAUUGGAAUGACUUACAUGCAUCACGAAAAUGCUGGGCGUACUCGUGGCCGGACGACUCCCCCAAACUGACUUCCAACAGGUUGGAGAGAAUCAGUUUUUAUUCACUGUGCCUGAAGCGGACAACAUAAAUCAUAUAGUAGUCUUUUUAACGGGGACCAUACCUUUUCCAGAUGGCACGGGAGGUUCAGUGUACUUCAGCUGGCCAGACGCAAACGCACCACCCAACUGGCAAUUUUUGGGGUACAUUUCCAACACCAAGCCAUCGGCCAUCUUCAAGAUAUCGAAGAAGAGGAAGAACGAGUUCGAGAACGGCAACGUGGACAUAUUCGGGGUCGGCAAGAUCUCGCACGUCGCGCAAAUCGGAGUGUCCGUAGAACCGCUGACGGUGAUCGGGCAACAGACGGCCGCGGUGACCGCGACUACGAAUAAUUCGUUCAUGGAGUUCGUGCAGAAGAUGAUGACCAGUUUCGUGAACUACGUGUCGAGUUUCACGGUGACGCAGACGCAAAUGACGCCAAACCCCACGGAGAACUUCGUACCACUGUCCGUGCUGCAAAACUGGUACGAGACGUUCGAGAGGCGGUUGCAGCAGAAUCCAAACUUUUGGAAGUCGUAAUCACGAGGACGACGUGUAACAUAAGACCUGUAAUAUAACCUUAGAGCUUUUGUCGAUAUCGGAUCAGUCAAAACGUUCAUCAAAAAUUCAGGUUGAUUUUUGCGGCCAAUUUUGCUUCAUUAAAUUCAAUAAAAAAUUAUUCAUCGAGCAAGCAAUCAUCGUUGUCUACGACUAGGCAUUAUGUAAAUUUAUGGCUGUCGUCAUCGAUGAUGAAUGAAAUAUUACUUGAAUUAUAAGUCAGGUUUUUUCACUUUAAAUGUACAUUUGACGUACAUCGUGACGUACAAUUGCUUCAUAUGUCUCGAAUGACUUGAAACAUCUCACUUAAUUUUUUAGUGCUAUUGUUAAAGGGAGAUUAAAAAGAGUAUCGAUUUAAUAAAGAUAUUACAUGCGUUA